CCCCUACUUAUACGAACAUCCCAAAUUACCUUUCUCUAGGCUUUGCUAAUCGCUCGGGACAAACGGAUGAAACAAAUUCCAUUACUCGACGGCAAAAAUUCAGACUAACAGUCACAACUAAACCUAGCACAUAUACAUAUACACUGACUGGGCCAGCAUGCCCUCAGUCAACAUCCCAUAUGAUGAGCCCCCACAACGGUGCGAUGGCGCUCCAGACCCUCCAGUCGCAGAGGAUAUCUCGGUCGACAGAAUCACCAGCUUUCAUGGCAAAUUGAAUCGUUUCCUUCUCACAAACAGCUCGGCAGCCGGGACCACCAACAGGCCAGCCAGUCCACUAAAAAGGGACCUCGAUGCUCUCGAACCCAAGCGCGAAGCUACCACAACCGACCUAGACCGCGUUCCACUCCAUGGAAGACAAACACGCAGUACCACCGCGAGUCCGAAAAGGCCCAAAGUGGAGAGAACCGUCCCGACCACAGCCAGACCUACGACCAUAACGCGCUCACGCUCCUCAUCCUCCAUCCCCCAAUCUCCAACAGCCCUUCCUCAAAAGUCCCCUCGCCGACGAAAGCCCCCUCCAACCCACACACCAACCGCGGCAGACUCCCUCCUCCGAGACACCAUCCCCGCGAACCUCACCCUGCUCUUCGUAGGCGUCAACCCAGGCAUCCGAACCGGAACAACGGGUUUCGCCUACGCCCACCCGUCAAAUCUAUACUGGAAACUCCUCCAUUCCUCCGGUAUAACCUCCAUCCGACACCCUCCCUCGGACACGUACAAGCUGCCGGCUCUCUACAACGUGGGUAACACCAACAUCGUGGAGCGACCUUCCCGGGACGCCAGUAUGCUCAGCAAAGCCGAGAUGGACGCUGGUGUGCCGGUUCUCGAAGCCAAAGUUGCUGCGCAACGGCCCGAGGCCGUGUGUCUUGUGGGCAAGGGGAUUUGGGAGGCUGUUUGGCGUGUGCGGCAUGGGCGGGCGAUUCGAAAGGAGGAGUUUCGGUAUGGAUGGCAGGAUGAGGCGGAGAAUAUGGGAUGUACGGAUGGGAGUGAUUGGGCUGGUGCACCCGUGUUUGUGGCGACUACGACGAGUGGACUUGCUGCGGGGAUGAGUAUCCCGGAGAAGGAGGCUGUCUGGGCCGAGCUGGGUGCUUGGGUUGUCAAGCGGCGGACCGAGACGGGGUUUGUUGCUUCCGAGAUUUGAUUUUGGUGUUUCUUAAUUGAAUAUUUGCUUGUAUGUUUGGCGCUUGAGAGAGAGAGAACUUUCAUUGCUAUAUACCCUGGACAGUGGCCGUUACCCACGCCAAGACUCCGUUCAAUUCAUUCUUGAUAUGCUACCCCAGAGUAUGAGUGCAUUGCUAAGGUACACCUUUACAUUAAAGAGUCAUUGGAAACUUGUGGUAUUUG